UGGUGACUAGCCGUAGGACCCGCCAUCGGAGCCGAUCCAAACCCCGUGAAAACUACUCACUGCCACCCCUCUUUCUCUCUCCCUCUCUUCUCGCGCAAUCGAUCGUUCGGUCAUACCGUUGCUAGCUUCUGCUCCAGCUCAAGCUCGCUCUGCUAUGGUGGUGUCCUCUGUUUAUUAGCUACCGAAGGUUUUCGCCCGAACCGCCCCUCGAGUACUUACUUAAAUGGCGGAGCUCUUCUGGGCCUCUGUUGAAGCUCGGCCGUUGCUGGGCAUUUCCGUCCCAUGGGACCUGUUGAAGUUUCAGAGACCCUGCAAUCGAGUCUGCGUCUCUUCCAAGAGGAAGUCCAUCGGUUGCCUUCUCUCUAACAAGAACUCGACCUGGACUCCUUCGGAUUCAUCAUCGCCAGCAGCUUCUUCUAGUAGGACGUCUUUCGACAUCAUUUCCACCUCAGAGUGCUCUGACGGCAGUAUUGUCUUUCGGUUUGGGGAGGUGACCGAAGCGGAAGAAAACGCUGUUCAGUCGGAGGAAGUCGAGCUGAAUAGUGAUAGUGCUGAUGAAGCUGCUUCUGGAAGUUCGUCUAGCGAAAACAGCACAAGUAAUGCUGCAGUAGGGAUGCUACAUGAAAAUCAACAAGAAGCCAAACUUGGUGAUGGUAGUGUCGAUGAAGUUGGUCCAGAAAGAUUGUUGAGUGACGAUACGAGAAGUGUUGUUGCGCUUGGGGUUCUUGAUAAUGAUCAAGCAAGUGAAAUUGGACACCGCGACUCUAGUCAUACUUUGAUACUAGAACGGACAGCUGGGUCCCAUUCCGUGGCUGAGUCCACUGUUGACCCACCAAAAAUAGUCAGUUCUGACAGUAUUGCAAGAGGACCAAGUGAUCAUCGGGUGUCAGUUGAAACUCGCGAAUUGCAUAAUACUUCUGAGGACACCCAUUUGGGUUCAGGAAUAUAUGUUGGUCCUGAAGCCCAUGCACAAACUGAGAAAGUUCCUCUCAAUAACAUUCACAAAACGUCUCCUAGUCCUGUCGCCGAGCCUGAGCUCGAUUAUGCAGUGAAUUUGCAAAACAAUGGCGGUGUUGUUGGGGCUGAGGUCUAUACUUCUUCAACUCCUCCUCAAAAUAGCAGUGCUACUUUCAUUAGCAAAGAGGCUAGCGAUCUAAAGGAAUCACCGCAGGCUAAGUUUCCAGAAGCAGAUAUCUUUGCAGCUUCCUCUGAAUCUGAAAGGGCUGUGAGCCUAGAGGAAGAAUCACGGGAAGAGACUCCAGAUGAAGAUCAUGAUAAUGCAGAUCUGGAAGAGUUACCAAAGGCCAUUGCCCCACAUGAUGAUAUAAAGGCUGUCAAGAAAGAGGAAAUAUUACCAAUAAAGACGGAGGAGGAAGAUACUACUUCAGCUUCCUCCGGCUCCAGUGUUGAAGUUGCAGCCUCUAGUGAUUAUCACAGCCAAGAAAAUCAUGAGGAGAAUAUAGAGCUGGAACAUUCAGGCCUUUCUCCAGUUUUGGUUGCUGAUGAACCCAUGUUGGAUAAUUUGAAUGAGAAUUUAACCAGUGAAGACACCGAGGAGGUUACAACCAGUCAAGACACCAAGGAGGUUACUACCAGUCAAGACACCAAGGAGGUUGCGUCAUUGCAUGUACCCGCUUCGUCCGAGUUGGACGAUGGUGGUCAAUUCUCAACUUCAAAAGAAUCUGUUGAUGGUGAAGAGUGCAGUAAGAUUAUGGAAAUGUCAGCUAUCAGUGAUGACGAAUUGGAAUCUGUCAAGUUUAAUCAUAAGAGAGAGGAGAUCUUGACAACGGCAUUUUGCCUGGCUUCUGGUGCCACUUCACUGCCACAUCCCUCUAAGGCAUUGACAGGUGGAGAAGAUGCCUAUUUCAUUGCUGGUAAGAACUGGCUCGGUGUUGCUGAUGGAGCCGGUCAGUGGUCAAUGGAAGGAACUAAUACCGGAUUAUAUGCGAAAGAGCUGAUGGAGAACUGCAAAGCUAUCGCAAGCAGUUCUUCGACCGAUCCUCUUGAUGUUCUUAAAAGAAGUUCUGCGGAGACGGAAUCUCUCGGAUCAUCUACAGUUUUGGUAGCUCGCUUCGAAGAACAGGUUCUUCAUGUGGCGACUAUUGGAGACUCAAGAUUUAUCGUGAUCAGGAAUGGGAUCAUUAUCGAAAGGUCUUCUCUGAUGUUCCAUGAGUUCAGCUUCCCUGUGCAGAUAGAAAGAGGCGACGAUCCAACAAAACUAGCAGAGCUUUACAGAGUACGGUUAGACGAGGACGAUGUUAUUAUUGCCGCUACCGAUGGCCUAUUUGACAAUCUAUAUGAGCAAGAAAUAGCUUCGAUUGUUCUCAAGUCGCUCCAAGCUGGCUUGGGCCCUCAGGAUAUAGCCGAACUGCUAGCCACCAGAGCACAGGAGGUGGGUUGGUCCACUUCUGCUCGAUCUCCAUUUGCCGAUGCAGCACAAGCAGCCGGCUAUGUCGGGUAUACCGGGGGAAAGCUCGAUGAUGUUACUGUUAUCGUCUCGCUGGUGCAGAAGAGCUCCUCAUCUCGCCCGUAGAGUCUUUAUCACCUCUUCAUUGUAGCUUUUUCGUUCGCAGAUGCUCCCAUCUCGUACCGUUUUGUGAACUCGAAACCACUACACACGUACAUGUCCGCAUAUUGAGCCGUACUGAACAAACCACCCACCCAUAUCAUACAUCACAUUCGAAAGCGACACGAAAUAAGUACAAGUCUCGUACCCAUUAACGUGACCGAUAA